UCUCUCCUCCCUCUGUCUCUCUCCCUCCCUCUGUCUCUCCCCCCUCAUCCACGGCUCAGUCGCCCCUGGUCCGGUCCGGUGCCGGUGUGGAGGUCUGUGUCCCGUGUCGGUGCCAGUCAGUUUCUCGGAUACACUUCUCACUGACCAGAACAGAACCGGGCUCUUCUCUCUCCCUCGGUCACUUUUUCUCCUUGGUUCUGAUCCAGUCUCUCGACAGUGACUGAGCUGUACAGAGGUUUACGGGUCUGUAAAGUUUUUUUUUUUUCUUGAGUUUUGAGUGUGUCAGAGAUGUUGAGACAUUGCUGAGUUGCCGUGUUCAGUGUGUUGUCCAGUGAGAGGCCGGAGGACCGCUGGACGUGGGCGACUCUUCCCUCAGGCUUGGCUUCAGCUACCUGAUCAUUACCUGAGGCUGGUCGACUUCUCCUCGGCGUGCUGUCCAUUGUUAGCUUGUCCUGCGGAGAGAUGUGGCGCAGACUCCCACUGCUGUUUUUAUGCUGUGCUCUGAGUGGACUGGAUGCUCUGGAGGCGGACAAAAACGCCGACCCCGCGCCGGCCGAAGCAGCAGACCCGGGUAAACUGGACAAGGAGGCUCCCUCCGCGGCCAGAGCGGAGGACAGCCAGCGGGGAGGGCAGCAGCCCACCGCCGAGCCUCUGGAGGAGGAGAUGGACAACCAAGAGAACAUCAUCAGCCAGUUGCUGGGGGAUUAUGACAAAGUAAAGACUGUGUCAUCAGGGUCCGACUGUGUGUGUCGCUGUGUUGUUCGACCAAUCAAACGCUCUGACUGCAGCCGUAUCCACGAGAGCGACCUGGCGUCAGCGUCUGAGCAUUUUUACACCGUGGAGACGAUCACCAAAGGAACGGACUGCAAGAAGUGUGUGUGCAUGGCUCCACCUUCAGCUGUCAACCCCUGCGAGGGAGAGUACAGGUUUAAAAAACUACAGGAGGCCAGCAAAGAUGACAUCAAGCUGGCAACCAUCAUUGACUUGCUGGAGGGCUCUCUGUAUGGGAUGGACUUGUUAAAGCUCCACUCUGUCACCACCAAGCUGCUGACCAGGGUGGACAACAUGGAGAGAGCUUUUGCUCAUAAUCUUACUGAGAUAGCAAGAGAGAAAGAACGUGCAAGGGAAAGAGCAAAAGAAAAGGAGAAAGAGAAGAAGGCCCAGCAGAAAAAGAAGAAGGUCAAUGACUUGGAGCGUGCAGGACAGAAAAGUGGAGCAGCUGCCUUUGCCAACAAGCAGAAUUAUGACGGUCAGCUGAAGAAGAACCAACAGCAAGAUGGUUUGGAACAACAGCAGCCACCCAAGAAUAGGACCGGAACUCAGAAGCCAAUCAAAGACAAGAACAGCGUGGUCAUCAGAGGCGUGACCUUUUACAAGGCAGAGGAGGAGAGCUACAAAGAGGAGGAGGAGGAGGAGGAGGAGGAGGAAGGGAAUGGAAAGAGUACUACUCUAACCUCAAAAGCUUCAAUGGACGCUGACCAGCUCCCAGCUAGCAGGACUUUCCCCAUCAAGAGUACGGGACUGUCAAGCACUAUAAGCACAGAACUGAACUCCGAGGACCUGUCAAGGACACCGAACAGGCCUGCACUCAUCCAGCCACCAACAGUUUCCCCAAUUGCCGCCAAAAAAAACCCAAAACCAACCAGACCAGCGCCUAUCAAACCAACAACUGAAACAACACCAACAACUGCAAAUUCACCAACAAUCAAACUGACGACCACACAGCAAACUACAACUACCACUCAGCCUCCUGUGCGUGUCAGUCAGCAUAGCAUCUCAGUUCCAGGUGCCAAUAAAGGUCCACCCAUUGAUGCGUCUCCCACAGCAGAGUCCAAGUCAAGACCCAGAAGUCGGCUCAGCUGGACAGAGAGCCCUGCUGACCAACCAAAGGCCACAACAAAGCCUGCAGUGUGUAAGGACACAGUAGCCAGCAUAUCUGAACCGGUGCAGCAGAACUCUUACGGCCUGAGUGAUGGAGCCUGGAUGAGAGAUGCUCGCGGCCAUGGUAACGUCAUCUACCUCACCAAUGGGCACUAUGGCAAUAACCUCCUAGAGUUCCGAGACAUGGACACCUUCAAAUCAGGUCAGGCAAGUAAUUCAUACAAGCUGCCCUACAGUUUCACUGGAACAGGCCACGUCGUGUUUAACGGAGCAUUCUACUACAACCGCGCCUUCAGCAGGGACAUCAUCAGAUAUGACCUGAGACACAGAUAUGUAGCCUCCUGGACCACACUACACGAUGCUAUACUGGAGGAGCAAGCUCACCGGACACAAACUGAAGUGGAGUUUGCCGUUGAUGAGUCCGGCCUGUGGCUGCUCUACCCUGCUCUGGAUACAGAGGGCUUCCAUCAGGAAGUAAUCCUGCUCAUCCACCUCAAUCACCGAGACCUGCAGCCAAUAAGGACCUUCCGCACAGGUCUUAGACGUGGUCGCUACGGAAACAGCUUCCUGGUUUGUGGUGUGUUAUACGGGGUAGAUAGUAUGGAGCGUCACUAUGCUAAUGUGACAUAUGCCUUUGACACACACACACUCACCCACACUGUGCCAAGCCUUGCGAUUACAAAUGUGCACGCACACACCUCCCAGCUGGCUUACAACCCAAUGGACAAGAAACUGUAUGCAUGGGAUGAUGGACAUCAGAUGACAUAUGAUGUUGUUUUUGCUUAUUAGCACAAUGAAUGGACUCAGAAGAAGAGAAGCUGAGAACAGAAGAAACAAGAUAAUAUUUUAUAAAUCUUUUGUUUCUAAAGGACUGUGGAUCAGUCUAAAUGAAUAUGUUUUUAUGUUGACCCCAGCUGCCGCUUUGCCUGUGACACCAAGUCUUAACCAGCAAGAGCAGCAGUUAACUCAAAUGUAUUCACAUUUGGAAAAGGACAAACUCCCAGGGGUCAUAUGAAUGAAUAUGAAUGUAAAUAUAUGUAUAUGCAACUUAGUCUGUUUAUCCAAAAUGGAAAUUUCCUUCUGAUUUCUGAAAAAUUAUGUUUCUCUGCAUAUUCAGACUGUGGUGGAUAAGUUAGAGUGAAAUUGCAAGUGCAUGCAUGAGUGCACAACUGUCCACACCUAUCUACACAAAUAGGACUAAAGAUUCCAUUAAUUACCUGGCUAAUCCCAUUCUUCAGGAAGAGCUGCUUCCAGACUUGAGGUUUCAGAAAAAAUAGCUUUUUCCCCACAUCAAGUGUAUUCUCCACAAACUGGUUUUCCAUGUACUAACUUCAGUUUCACAUAAAAAAAACCACAAUUGUUUGACAGUUCAGGCUUUGGUUUCUGUUCUGACCUUCCAUGAGUUCAGUGCCUGCCAGAAGAGGGUAUCGGGGAGGGGACUGAUCUAGUUUGUAAAAAACAUUUAAUUUUUAAUUCUUUGAGAUUGUUGUUAGACCUCUUAUCGUAUUAAAGCUAGGGUUGUUUAUUCA